AUGACUAACAUGAGUCGAUACGUCCUGCUCUCUCUGCUCCUUGUGGCCAUGGUGGCCAUCUCGUCGGCUGUCUCGGGGACCUCCAGCCAAUACUAUGCCCUUGGAUGUCGACCACGACCCACGGCAAUUGCGGUGUGCAGCGGCACCCCUACGUGUUCUACUGUCUCACAUGCGGCCGCGACCUUCACGCCAAACCAGUCUUCUAUCCAUGCGGAUCAGAUCACCGGGCAAAAUGUGGUUGUGGCGUCUCUGGAAGUGCCCCACCACCCUUUCCGCCAACCGACUCUGGAGGUGCCCCACCACCCUUUCCGCCAACCGCCUCUGCGUCCGGUCCACCACGCCGUCCGCCCCCCUCUCCACUACCCCCUCCGCGCACUUCUGGUAACAAAUAGCUGCUAUUUCCCCUCCUGGCUCCCUCCAAAACAGAAGAAGAAUAACAUCAAGCUGCUCACAUUAGUCAUUUAG